AUGGCUCGGCAGCAUUGGUGUCAUUUACCUGGACAUAUUGCGAAGGAUUGUGAUAAGAAAGUCCCUGUAAAUUCGCAAAAGACAAAGCCUGAAGAGGAUGAUUUCGUGUGCACAGUAGAAGGUGUUCUUGACGAUGUUUGGUUAGCUGACUCCGGUGCGUCGGCGCACAUGACAAAGCGCAAAGAAUAUUUUGUUGAGACAGUUAAAGUUACGUUGAAACCCCCACACCGGGCAGUAAUCCAGAGCGACCAUGUUACGGGGAGUCGGGACUACGACGAUCCGGUGCCGCCAACAUAUAUUCUGACAUCAGCUGCAGAGUCUGAACAAGGCGGCAUUUUUGUAAACAAGGACUUGUUAUUGCUUGUGGGCGAUAACGUCGUUCAAAAACCUACCUCUGAAACAGUAUUGCGAGUGUGGUGGUUACAAGAUGGGAAUAGAUUGCUCAGCAACAGUACAGCAGGAGUUAUAGUUAGCAACCAAACCCUCGUACUACAGGGAGUUACUCGUGCCAGCAGUGGACGUUACUUUUGCGAGGCUGGGAAUUCGGAGGGAACGACAAGAAGUGCCCCAUUUCAGCUUCGUGUCAAGUUUGAACCUGUAUGCGGGGAGGGAGGAGGGCGUAAAGUUCUCGGCGCUGCUAAAGGCGAACCUUUGAGAAUAGAAUGUAAGGUGGAUGCCGAGCCUGCGGCCUCACUGUUCCGCUGGAUUUUCAACAGCACGCCUGGGGUUUCCAGAGAACUGAGCGAAUUUACGGCGGAACCUGGAAGUAGCAUUUUGACCUACACCCCUUCGAUAGCAGCACACUACGGCACUUUGCAAUGUUGGGGAAGAAACGAAUUAGGGUCGCAGCAAACGCCGUGCGUUUACCACAUUGUUCCCGCCGGCCGGCCGGAUCCGCCGAACGGAUGUGCCGUUAGUAACACUACCCAUCAUUCGGUAACGGUAAACUGUAAAAAAGGAUUUGACGGUGGUUUAAGACAAAAGUUUGUGUUAUUAGUUUCGGUCGCGGAAAAUUUAACUGCGAACUUAUCAUCGAGUGUACCUGAAUUUCAAAUUUCUAAUUUAGACGCAACGACCGAAUAUAUUGCCACGGCGUAUUCGGUAAACGCCAAAGGGUGGUCGAAAGCGUCAAACUCAAUUUUAAUUAAAACUUUGCCGUCUCCAGGAUUAAAAGAAUUAAGAAGAUCUACGGGCCCAUCGAACGAAGAGAAAGCGGAGGGGCCAUGGUUGUACAUAUUAUUAGCCGCCGGGUCAACUUUAAUUGUUGCAGGCGCAAUAGGUGUAAUUAUCUUUGCCGUUAAACGUAUUAAAAUUGAAAGUCCCGUUCGCGAGAGACGUUCCAGAAGUCCGAAGAGAGAUGAGCUCCCUUUAAAUCCUCAAGUUUCGGCCUAUACCGACACUGUUAACGAUGAUAAAAAUCCAGAUCUUAUCCCUCCACCGGAUUACGAAAGUCUUCAUUCAGAUCCAACGACCGCAGCUCCUUACACGAUAACCGCCAGGCCAUCGACGAAAAGGAACUGCGCAACUCAAAUGCCUGUGAAACCCUACCACGUUACGUGGGCGCCAAUGUUGCAGUCCCGCAACUGCUCUACUCAAACACCUCCUCCGCAUAAGGAGAGUUCUGUCUAACCCCACCAGCAGUCUCGGUAUCGGGACCAAUUCCACCUGUGAUAUUUGUGAAUAUCUCGUAUUUUUAAGCAACAAUUAUCAAACACUGUUAUGCUGUUAAUUAUUUACAGAUUGAUUGUAAAUAAAAUACCAGUAUAUGUAUUA